AUGAUAACAUCUUCUAAACCACACACUGAUGCUGCAAAAACCGAACAAAUCAUCACCGAAUUCUUCGCCAAAAGCCUCCAUAUAAUUAUAGAAUCGAGAUCACUUUCUGCUUCAUCGCGUAAUUUCAGCACCCUCUCUUCACCAUCUUCAACCUCGUCAUCAUCAUCCUCUAGUGUUCGUCCCAGAGAUAAAUGGUUCAAUCUAGCUCUUAGAGAAUGUCCUACAGCGCUUGAAAACGCUGACCUAUGGCGCCACAAUAAUCUUCACCCGAUUGUGGUGGAUAUUGUUUUGGUCCACAGAACCAUGCAAUUGAACUUGAAAGAACAAAACCCUUUUGAGGAAUUUGGAGUUGGGGGUUCACAGAGUGAGAAGAUUGUAGAGAGAUGGGUGAUUCAAUAUGAAAGCAGAAAAACUAGGGAUUGUUCUAGUUCAAGCAGUACAAGAAGGUCAAGUAACACUUUUUUGCAAAAUUUGUAUAAAAAAGCUACUUUACUUAUAAGGUCUUUGUAUGCUAAUGUUAGGCUUUUACCUGCUUAUAAGAUUUUCAAGGAACUUAAUUCUUCUGCAAAUGUUUGCGCUUUUACUCUUGCUCAUCGUGUGUCUACUUUUUUUGAACCUUUUACCUCUAAACAAGAGUCUGAAAUGCUCAAAUUUGUGUUCACUCCUGUGGAUACUUUGUCUGGUAGGCUAUGUCUUUCCGUAAUGUAUUGUCAGUGUGUUUCUGAUGUGAGUUCUGAAUCAUCUACUCCUUUGUCUCCGCGAGUUAUAACUGAUUAUGUCGGUAGUCCUAUGACCGAGCGGUUGAUGCGGUUUCCGUCGCUACCAGUGGUUAGAAUGCCAUUACAUGGCUCUCCGUCAUCGUUGCCGUUUUCGAGGAGACAUAGUUGGAGUUAUGAAAAUUGUAGAGCCUCGCCUCCUUCCGCUAAUUAUUAUUAUUCGCCUUCACCUACUCAUUCGGAUUCGCAGACAUUGGUUUCUAAUGCUAGUUAUCAAUGUUAUCCACCACCCUCUAGUUUGCCUCCUCAUCCAAGUGAAAUGGCUUUGCUUCACAAGAAGAAUGUGAAUUUCGAUGAUUACUAUCCUUCGCCAAAUUUCUCUCCAUCUCCCUCACCUUCUUCAUCAUCUCCAAUCUAUCAUUUGGGAUCAUUACCUUCAAAAACACUUUUACGCUCCGAAAGUGCUCCGGUCAACAUACCUAAUGCUGAAGUUGCUAAUUCCGCUGGACAUACGAGUAGGCAUAAUUUGCCACCAUCUACUCCAAUUAGAAUUUCAAGGUGUACUUCUGAGACAGAUAGGAGUAAUAAUCUCAUGCAAUUGUGCACACCAGCUGAAAAGAUGUGUUCUCUUAGAAAAGAUGAGUCUCAAAAGUAUUCUAGAGUGAAGAUAGUACCGAACAGCUCGCCGCAUAUUUCAUUUUCGAGGAGCUCUAGCAGGUCUUAUCAAGAUGAUUUUGAUGAUACUGAUUUUAUUUGUCCUUUUGAUGUGGAUGAUGACGAUACAACAGACCCAGGCAGCAGAGCGGAAUCUUUAGAUCACGGUGACAUGACUCAACUGCUUGAAGCGGGUAGAUUCCUUCCAAUCAGAAAGUCCCAAGGUGCUGCAGUUGGUGCACUUGUAAAUAGGUUGAAGAAAGCAGCACCUCUUCAUCAAGACUCCUCUACAUGUCAAAACACAUCUCAGCGUGCGUGUCCUGAAAUCCUAAACAGCAGUAAAUUUCAAGAGCCUAACCAGAUUCCAAAUACCCUAUCACCACCGGUGAGUAUAAUGUCUUAUGGUAAUAAGAAAACAACAAAUGAUGCAUUGGAAGAGUUUCAUAGUUAUAGAGAAAUGAAAAACAUGUUACUUAAGCCGCGUGGUGGUGGUAGUAAGCAACAAAUAUAG